AUGGCUGGUGCUUGGAACAACAUCAAGCAAACUGCCGUCGCGCACAGUUUUUUGCGUGCUUCAGUGUCAGGUGACGACUUCGGGUGUGCUAUCACUGCUGACAACAAGUGCUACACGUCCGAAGGAGUGGAGUUCACACGAGUCACGGUGUUCGGCUGGGACCUGAGGCCCGUCUACGAGAAGCUCGUAAAGCCGCGGGGACAGAUUCUGCACUACAACACGCGGUUCAGCGGCCUGACAGAAGAGGACAUGGUGGGCGUGAAGACGAACCUAAGGGAUGUCCAGGCUGCCCUGCUGGCCCGUUUUUCGGCCGACACAAUCCUCUUGGGCCACACUCUCGACUCGGACUUGCGCGCCCUGCGGCUGAUUCACGAGACCGUCGUCGACACGGCCGCCAUGUUCCCCCACCGACGGGGACUCCCUUACAAACGAGCCCUGCGUAGCCUCAUGGCCAAACACCUGAGCAAGAUCAUCCAGAAUGGAGUGGAUGGUCACGACAGCCAAGAAGAUGCAGCCGCCUGCGUGGAGCUCAUGCUGUGGAAAGUGCGCGACGGCCUCAAGAAAGGUGCACGAUGA